UGACAGCUUCCUGCCAGCAGGUGGAGCUGCAGGAUGACUCCUCCCCUCCUCUCUGAGAACAGUUAGACUGACGAUAAGUGACACUGGCUCACAAAGAGGAAGAAGAGGAGGAAGGAAGCAAGAAGAACGACACAGAGGAUUCAACGCUACCAGACGUGUCUGACCUGCAGACAUGUCCUCCCGGGCCGAGAGUAAGACAGCUUCCCAGUUUGUGUCUCUCACCAUGAGGCUGAAGGAUAAACUUCACCCGCAGAGGAUCAAACGCUUUGAGCAAAUCAAACAAACCCCGUCACAGACACCCAAACCAUUAGAUCUGAACCUGCAACGCACUCUGCAAGAAAAGUCAGUGUGUGUGUUGGCGGAUGAGCAGCGGGCCGUUAUUAGCUCUCUUCAGUACUUCAAAGCUCUAGUGGACAGACUGGGAGUGGACAAACAGGUUCUGGACCAGUCUGUGGUGGGCGGUCUGUUGGGUGGGGCAUCCAGCAGAGUCCUUGAAGCGGUCCAGACUCUGGUCCAGUUAGAGCCACACCUACACAACAGUAAGACCGUCACUUCCUGUCUCACUCGUCUCUACCUGUCUCUGGCUCAGCUGAUUCGCUGGGCCGAUGAGGUAAUGCUGCAAGGUAUCGCCCACGGCAACCAGGACUCAACAGCCAGCGUUACCUUGGUGAUCAGGGCAGUGCUGGACGGGGUCAAGGAACUUGUGCGAUUGGCUGCAGAGAGACGAGGCGACUCUGCUCCAUUGUCUCCUGUCCAAUUUGGGGUCACCGAGGGACAAACUUGUGUGUUUGAUGACGUGGUGAAAUCAGAGGGGACGUCUGCAGGAGCUCUUGCAGAGGAAGACGAGGAGAAAAAGAAGACGUCUUGGGCUCCUCCUAAACCCCCAAUGCCCCUCACAGAACUCAUCUCUCCAGUGUCCCUCCCUGUUGUGUCCCAGCCUCCGGUGUCCUUCCCUCAUGUGUCCCUCAAUCACGCCUCCCAAACUCAGAUGGCCCUCCCUCCUGCGUCCCAGCCACAGGUGUCUCUCCCCCGAGUGUCCACACAGGGGCUCAGUCCUCCAACCUUGCCGCCUAAAAGACGUCAAUCUAUGGGCCCCGCCCCCUGCAGGGUCGCCAUAGUAGCACCAAUGAGACGAGAGACUGAAGUCAACAGACAGAGUCAACUACAGGAGGACGCCGGUUUGAAGUGCGACUCUUUUUCUUCUGCAGAGUCUGCUGCUGAGAACACACACUGUGGAGAAGAAGAAGAAGAUCCUGACUACAACUUUCUGCUCACUGACUCCUCCUCCUUUGAGCCUCCUCUUCCUCUUCCUCACCCAUCAUCACUCCCCCCCAACCUCCCAGAGAAGAGACGCUGCAGUACUGCAGGACCGACCCUCUCCCAGCCCUCUUCAUUUAGCUUUGACCCCCCCCCCCAUGAACAGAGGCCCUCCCACUGUGAUGAUGACAUUGGACCUGAUGAGUUGGGCUCCUCCCCCAAGUCUCCCAGCAAGACGCCCCCCCCACUCCCUGAGAAGAAACUACACAUCCAUCAGUACCUUCAGUUCUGUUCCACCUAUAGCGCUCAAUCAGCAGCCAUGUUCUACCAGCGACCUUUGACCUCUGGCCAGCGAUACAGUAGCAGGCAGCGGGAGCUGGAGACCACCUACCGCCUGGCGCACACCCACCUGGACACACAGACAUUAGACUCCACCCCCUUACCUGAGCUACUUCCUGCUCCAGUUCUACCAGCAAAGAAGAGACAACAGGAUCCAGGUGGACCGUACGAGGAGGACCCGGCAUCGGACAGUCUCCAGCAGGAGGCGGAGCUUAAGAGGAGGAGCAGGGAGCUGCAGGAGGAGGUGCUGCUGACCGACGGGCAGGAGGUCCUCCGCAGGAUCAUAAUGAAGCCUCAGGGGGAGGACGGGCCGGAUGUCAAAGCAGCGUCUGCUGAGAUCCUAUUGGUCCAUGCGACAAUGGCUCACAGCGAACAAGUUGUGUACCGUGAAGCCUUCCUCUCCACCUUCAGGAGCUUCAUCAGUCCCGAAGACGUCAUCAUCAAACUGCAGCACAGAUACAAACACUUGUGUAAACAAAGGGACCCUGAGCGCAUCGCCGCUGCCAACAACACCUUCCACCUGCUGGUCAGCGUGGUGGACGAGCUGUGUGCCAUAGAGCUGGACUCUAACCUGCUCCUCCUCCUGAUGGACCUGGUGUUCAGCCUCCUGAUUGGCGGAGAGCUGAGACUUGCUUGUCUGCUGCGCUCCAACAUUCUGUCCAAGCUGGAGCAGAGGUGGCACAUGAUUGGUUCUCCUCAGUCGCUCCGCCCUCUCGCAGCUAAGGGCGUGGCUGCAAGACCAGGAACUCUUCUGGACUUCAGGAGUCAGGAUCUAGCUGAACAGCUGACUCUGCUUGACUCAGAGCUCUUCUGCAAGAUUGAGCUUCCAGAGGUGUUGCUGUGGUCUAAAGAGCAGAAUGAGGAGAAAAGUCCAAACCUUAAAGAGUUCACACAACACUUCAACAACGUCUCCUUCUGGGUUCGUUCCGUCAUCAUUCUUCAGGAUAAAUCCCAAGACCGAGAGAAACUGCUGCUGAAGUUCCUGAAGACCAUGAAGCACCUGCGGAGGCUCAACAACUUUAACUCCUACCUGUCCAUCCUCUCUGCGUUAGACUCCGCCCCCUUGAGGCGCCUUGACUGGCAGAGACACACUGCUGAGGCUCUGGAGGAAUUCAGCUCUUUGAUUGACAGCUCGUCGUCUUUCAGAGCCUACAGAGCAGCUCUAGCUGAGGUGGAACCUCCGUGUAUACCCUACCUGGGGUUGAUUCUCCAGGACCUGACUUUCGUACACCUUGGGAAUCCCGACACGUUGAUGACAUCACAGGGUUCAAAGGUCAACUUCUCUAAACGCUGGCAGCAGUUCAACAUCCUGGACACCCUGAGAAGCUACCAGCAAGUUCCUUACACGCUGCAGCCUAAUGAUGACAUCAUAUCGUUCUUCAAUGACUUCAGUGAUCACCUGGCAGAGGAAGCAUUGUGGGAACUUUCGCUCAGGCUCCGCCCACGAAAUGCCCCACGAGCCAAUCAGAGAUGACGGACCGAAACAAACCUAACCCAUGCUAACCUGCGUCAUAAAACGCUAACUUGUGUUAGUUCCAUGCUAACAGGUAGAUAUUGAAGGUUGAGGUGGCCUAAUUUAGCUGUUUACAAGCUAGGAUAAUUAUGGCCAACAGUCUGCUAGCAUGCUAGCAUGUGCUCAUCUAUGCCGGCAAAUUGUUCUCGCCUUUUUAUAUUAACAAAGGUUAGCUGACGUUAACCUGGGGCUAGUUUGGAUUAGCCGGGUGUCUGACUUCUGUACAAUUAUUUACAUCAAUAUUUGAAUAAACAUAUUUUGCUUACCAGUUUAAUAAUCUACUCUAUAAAGUAACGUUAAAUAAAUGUAGGGCAGUAUAAAACAC